GUAGAAGUACUGUACUCCAUACAAAGCUUUAGGUUUUUUUUUUUUUUUCCAUUUGGCUAAUCCUGCUAAGUACUGGAUCACUAUAAGGAAUAUUAGAAAUGACACCGACAUCAAAAGGAUACGUUGUUUAUGUCAGUCUGCUUAUUUUUGUAAAGAGAAUAUAAACGCGAUAUAAUUAGCAGAAUACACGUUUAUUUAUUUUCCAAACGAGUGGAAGAAACUUUUAAAGUUCUAGAGAGCCUUUGGUUCAUGUGAAAGGCAAACUCACAGGCAGGGAGGAGGAUUAUAGGAAGGUCUCUCAGCUGCUUCUUAUCACGCUGUAACAUCCAGCCCGCAGGCGCACUCAAGACGCUUCUUCGAGCUUCAGAGAGAAGAAAAAAACAAAACAAAAAACUAAUGGAAAACAAAAUGAAUGGAAAGAUGAGCGCCAUCAACACCACUUCGACAGCCGAUUCAACUGAUUCGAGAGUAAGUGGGUUGAUUGAUGCUGGCUUCAACAGGUCUACCAAACUGCCUGCGCGUAAUCUGGGAAACCCAGACCCUUUGAUUCAUGGUUUAAAUUCGAGUGGAGACUGCACAGUUUAUAAAGACUGUAAUGUUAUCGAUGCUUCAGUUUCUGCAAAGCAGUUUUAUGACAGCAACAGUGACUAUUUAAAGUCUGAUACUGUUCCCUGGGAAGAUUUUGUUAAACUUCAGAGGACCGGUGCGUCUAUAUCGGAAAGUUUGCCAGGCGCGAAUCUAAGCCUGUCCUCCACGUCUGGGUCUUGUAAGUUCAUUAAAGACGAAAAGGAGCCCUCUGUGAUUAUGGACACCCCAUGUCCGAGGUUUGACGCAUCACCUGAGAUCCCCGCUCUCGACACCCGCUGCGAAACCGACAGCAAGCACCACAUGGGGUUGGGAGUGGUUCCCCGGCCACGGCUGGAGGGCUCUUCGAACUUUCUUAGAGAGUUGAACCAGCCAGAGCAGCUGGGGAUCCCGGGAAGGACCGACUCCAGGUGCGCUCUGUCCGCCCAUUCACCUGCGCCACACACCGUGUACAAGACUGAAGCUUCACGUUGGCAGAUUCAAACCUCUACAUCUGAGUCUCAGUACUGGCUCCACUCCACAGGUAUGACCGAGACAGACGCGCUCACAGUCAGCAACUACGAAGGGAUUCAGAACCAGACCCAGAGGAACCCAUCACCUUUCUCCACAUUUCCAGGGAUGCAGCAUCAGAGAAUGUGUGUUAUCUGUGGUGACGAAGCAUCUGGCUGCCACUAUGGAGUCCUAACAUGUGGGAGCUGUAAAGUCUUUUUCAAAAGAGCAGUGGAAGGCCAUCACAGCUAUCUCUGUGCUGGGAGAAAUGACUGCAUUGUGGACAAAAUUCGGAGGAAAAAUUGCCCCGCCUGUCGCCUCAGGAAGUGUUAUCAAGCAGGAAUGAUGCUUGGAGGCAGGAAACUGAAGCGUUUUGGAGCCUUGAAGGCCUUAAGUUUGGCCCCGUCCCUGAUGUUCCAGUCCCAUUUGGCCAUGUCCGGGGAUGGCCAGGCCUUGACGUCCAUGUCUUGCGUACCAAGCAUCCACGAGAUUCAGCUGUCCCAACAAAUAAUUAACAUUCUGGAAAACAUCGAGCCUGAGAUUGUGUACUCAGGCUACGACAGCUCACAACCCGAAGUUCCCCAUCUUCUGCUCAAUAGUCUCAACAGGCUGUGUGAGAAACAGCUUUUGUGGAUCAUCAAGUGGUCAAAGUCCCUGCCAGGUUUUCGGAAUCUGCACAUCAAUGAUCAGAUGACUCUAAUCCAGUACUCAUGGAUGAACUUGAUGGUAUUCUCUCUGGGGUGGCGCUCUUUUCAGAAUGCCACCAGCGAAUAUUUAUACUUUGCACCUGAUAUGGUUCUUAGCCAGGAGCAAAUGAGGAGAUCUCCCAUCUAUGACCUCUGUCUGGCAAUCCAGUUUAUUCCUCAGGAGUUUGCCAACCUCCAAGUGACCCGUGAGGAAUUCCUCUGCAUGAAAGCCAUAAUAUUACUCAACACAGUGCCUCUUGAAGGUCUGAAAAGUCAGGCUGCAUUUGAGGAAAUGAGACAAAGCUACAUUCGAGAGCUUUCCAGAGCAAUCCACAUGAAGGAGAAGGGCGUGGUUGCUAGCUCCCAGCGAUUCUACCACCUUACCAAACUGAUGGAUGCAAUGCAUGAUAUAGUGAAGAAGGUCAACCUGUUCUGUCUGAGCACCUUCAUCCAGGCAGACGCCAUGAAAGUGGAGUUUCCAGAAAUGAUGUCAGAGGUCAUUGCCUCUCAACUACCCAAGGUGCUGGCUGGCAUGGUGAAACCCUUACUGUUCCACUUAAAGCAGUAACGCAAACAUCAUGACUUUGUGGAGGCAGCCUUUGACUGGAUUAUUGCUGCAGAAUACUGGAUUCUUCAGACCCUGCAUUGCACUGUCGUCAAAUAUAUAAACUUUUAUAAAUGCCUCAAGGUAGGGCAGAAUAAUAAAAAAUAGCAUUAAUGAAAUGGUAAAGUGCCUACAAAACCCUUCAUAUCCCUAUUUGUUUUUCAAUAUUUAGCCAUUACAACCACAAACUUUAAAGUAUUUUAUUUGGGUUUUCUGUGACAGACCAACACAAAGCAGUGCAGAAUCUUUAAUAAAAGUAAAAUGAUAACUGGUUUUCAAAAUCUUUUAAAAAUAAAAAGUUGAAAACUGUGGGUUGCAUUUAUAAUUUACCUGCCUACGUUAAUGCCUAAGUUGCUGCAUUCCUAUUUGCAAAAUAGGAAAUGCAAAAUAACUUCAGUCAUUUUGGAUGGUAAACAACUUUGAAAAGUAAUUUUCAAAUAUUGUCACAGAUUCUCAAUUUGAUUUACGUCUGGACUUUGACUGGGCUGUACAAACACAGGAAUAUGCUUUCAUCUAAACCUUUCCAUUGUAGCUCUGGCUGUGUGUUUAGUGUUGUGUUACUGGAAGUUGUACCUCUUCCCCAGUUUAAGGUUAUUUUCAGUUUCUCGCAGGUUUUUUUCCAGAACUGCCCUGUAUUUAGCUACCUUUAGCUGUCCUUGUUGCUAAGAAGCAUCCCCACAGCUUGAGGCUGCCACUGCCGUGUUUUAUGGUGGGGAUCUUGUUUUCAGGCCUAUGUGCAGUGUUAUGGUGGGUUCAGACUGAACACGAUUUGAGCAUCAGGGGUGUCUGGUUUUCAUGUAAUGUCUAUGGUGGAUGCGCGUCUCGGGGUGUCGAGAGGUCCUGCGGCACUUCACGCGUCUGGCGCAGCGCGUUAUGAUGCGUUUUGCACGUUGAGCGCUGUGUUUUGAGAUUUCAAGCAGGAGACGCUAGGGUUGGAAAAUCUGAACUUUUGGAGGCUGACAUGGAGGCGGCACAUCAACCAAUCAGAGAAGCUCAGCUUUAUGACAUAGUGACAUAUUUUAUCAUGGGAGGGAAGGUCUAGAGCAUCUGACUUCAAAAUGCACAAGCGUCCAACUUGAGGCGUUUUGACGCUCAAAUUGCUGGAACGCACCAUUAGUUUUCUGCCAUAUAUCUAAUCUUCUCCACAGCUUUGUCAGUGACCAGUGUGGUCUGCAGUGUUUACUAGUCUUCUUGAUACUGUUUUUAUGUUCUCUAACAAACCUCUGAGGCCUUCACAGUACAGCUGGAUUUGAUAAUGACAUUAAAAUAAAACACAGUUAGACUUUUUACUAUUUCAGUGAUUUGUGAAGAAAACUGGUGAAAACAAUCUUUUUUUUCUUUACAAUUAGACACUACUUUGCGUUGGUCUGCCACAUAUAAUCCCAAUAAAAUGUAUUAAAGUUUGUGGUUACAUGGCAAAAUAAGAAAAAGUUCAAUAUGGGUAUGAACAUUUUUGCAAGGCACUGUAUCAUAAAUAUAUUACAGUGACCUUCGCAACUAUUGUUUUUUUGGUAAAGAUGUGAAAAAAUACAUUAUUACUUUUUAAUCAUUCCUCUGACUGUAGAAAUGGGCUAGUUUAGUUUUGUAGCUAUUUUCUUUGAGCAGUUUCCUGACCUAUGAAGAUCAACAUGGAUCUGCUUUGGUCUUUCCCAUUUUGGAGAGCAACCACAAAAAAUAGGCCUCUGUGUCCCAGACCCCAGGAACACAGACAUGAGUUACUUAAAAGGUUCCAGACAGUAUGAUCAACUUAAAAUAUUACAGAAAAAUCGAAAUAGAAAACGUUUCAGGUAGUUUUUUUUUAUUUUGAGUUUUUAGGAAUGAAGACUUUGUAAAAAAAAGCAAUUAUGUAUUAAUGUGAGAUUUUUUUUCUACAAUGAAUAAAUGUACUCAAUUUAAAGUUUAGAUUAAGAAAACAUUUUAAGUGUGUAAGUGUAAGUGUGUAAGUUUUAAAACUGCAAUAAAAUAGAAGUGCAUUCUAAGGCUUUUUACACAUAUCUACCAGGGCUGACAGUAAUUGUGUAAGGUGCUGUAAAUUCAGAAGUAUCAGUCAUUAAAUCUCCUCUGUAUUAUUCUUGUGUAUCAAACAUUUCCCAUCCUGCCACUUGUAUACAGUUUUAUCUAUUUGCAGGAACACAUUAGAUUAAAUAAAAGACACAUCAGAAAUACUGAUAUUUUUGUACUGAAGCUGCAAAACAGUAGAAAGAUAUACAAAAGAGCAAAAGAGUAAAACCUAACAAAUAUUGCUUUGUUUGUGUAGAAGAAUUGCAUAAUUUAUUGGCGCGUGCAACCUAAGAUAAUCAAAUUGAAAUAUAGCCAGGGAGAGAAAACUGGAGAGAUAUCUAUAAUCAAGUAUAUGCACAGAAAAAUAAAACCAAGAAACAACUUGCAUAUGUGCAUAAAAAAUAAUUUUUUUUAAUUUUCAGAACACAGCACAAUUUAUUAUUUUAUCAUUUAAAGAAUUAUGAAUAACAAAGCCAGUGAAGUUUAUGAAGUAACAAGUCAAAAAUGUUUCAUUAAAUCUCUUGACAUUAAAACUGUAACUAAUCAGUCAAACCUUGACACAAAAUCCCACCUUAACACAGGUUUGGAUUAUCUACUGAACAGAUAGAUCUCAAUUAAACAUGCCUUCAUGAAAAAAAAAAACUCCCCUCAUAGAUUUCUUCUGUUUUUGUUUUUUGCCACACUUAAAUGCUUUAGAUCAUCAAAUUAAUUGUAAUAUAAUUGCAGUAACCUGAGCAAACAUUAAAAAGCAACGGUGUUAACGGGAAAAACUAUUGAGGCCUUUAUUCUCCUAUGUUAAAAGUAAAUGCCCCCACCCCCUUAUUCAAUUAUAAAAUAACCACAGUUUUUGAAAGUCCAAUUUUACCAGCCAAGCUCAGGCCUUAAGCUGCCUGACCUUAAGAAUGAAGAAAUCAUUUAAAUAGAACCUGUCCGACAACAUGAAGUAGGCUAAAAGAUCCCAAAAAGUAACAUCAUUGCCCAACUAAAGAAAUUUAAGAAAAGAUCAGAAACAGUCAUUAGUAUAUAUGAGUCUGGAAAGGGUUACCUUUUCUUACACUCUGGGAAUCCAGUGAACCACAGAGAGUCAUUAUCCACAACUGGAGAAAACAUGGAACCUUCUCAGGAAUGGAAAGCAUACCAGAAUUUAUUUAGGAGGACACAAAAGAACCCAGAACAACGUCUGAAACACUGCAGGCUUCACUUGCCUCAGUUAAGGUCAGAGUUCACGAUUCAACAAAUAGAAAGAGAGACUGGGCAAAUACGGUCUCCUUGGGAGAGUUCCAAGGCUAAACUAUAAAAGCCCGUCUCACAUUUGCCAAAAGAAAAUCUUAAUGAUCUUCAAGAAAAUAUUCUGUGGACUGACAAGACAACAUUUGAUUGAAAAUGAUUGCCCAUCACAUGUGGAGUGAAAUUAGAUUAAGAAAAAUAGGAUUUCAGAAAAAAUGUGUUAUACCCCCAGUCAAACAUGGUGGUGGUAGUGUGAUGAUCGGGGGCUAACAUUAUCACACUGCUUGCUGCUUCGGGACACGGGUAACAUGCUUUGAUUUACUAAAAAAAUUGCUGAAUUAAAACAAUUCUGCAAAUAGCCUUAAUUCCUCUACAGCAAUAUUAAAGACUGACAGCCAUUAUCCCAAAAGCUUGAUGGCAGUUUUUGCAGCUUACUGGUUAUACAUCCAAUUAUUGAGGCAGCUGUUUUUUCACAUUACUUUGUUUUGGCUUUUUCUACUAAAUAAAUUAACUUAUUUAAAAACCAUUCUUUUUUUUUUUACUUAAGUUGUCUUUGUCUGAUAUUAAGAUGUUUUUGAUGAGGCGAAACUUUUAGGUGUAAAAAAAACAAAAAGGCAAAAUCAGAAGAAAUCUGUGAGGAACAAAUACUUGUAAUACAUUACUUAUUUAUCCCUCAGUAAGUAACUGAAAAUAUAUGUAUUUGGUCAGAUGGUUUAAUCAUUUACUCUUUUUAUUUUCUGUCUUGUUUCUUUUGGACAAAUAAAUGUUUGCAAAAUAUCCCAAUGUCUGGUGCAAAGUUUGACAUAUUCAGGAUAUGAGUAUAAUUUCCGUGACAUGCCCUGGCAAAUUCAUUUACUGUAAGGGAGUAGUAGUCCAGCGUCAGUGUUCAAGGCCACCUCACAUUCUUUAAAAUGCAAAUGGAAAAGAACACCCUGAUCCUGGCAGGGGCUAGAUGUCAAAUCUACUCCCAAAUACAUUUUGGGAAACCGGAGAAAAUUUAACUUUGGAGUUUUCUUUUCAGUUUGUAAUAAGUAAAGAGCAAAAAUGAUUGUGGGUUUCUUUGUUUUUGUUUUGUAUCUUUUUCUGAAACUGUAUCACAAAAAUUAACUUUUUAGACCAUGUUUGAUUUUUAGUGUGGGGAUGUUGUGAAAAAGAAAAAAGUAAAGUAUUAAAUGUCUUCUUUAACACAUAA